CCGGGACGGUGCGUGGCGCGCGAGCGUGGCGGGAACGGCCCGACCCGAACCCACGGGACCCCCCGGACCGGACACUGCCCACAGGAACCCCCCGGACCGGACACUGUCCCCUGAGCCCACCGGGACCCCCGGACCGGACACUGCCCCCCGGGAUCCCCCUCGGACCGGACACUGCCCACAGGGACUCCCCCGGACCGGACACUGCCCCCCGAGGCCCCCGGGAUCCCCCCGGGCCGGACACUGUCCCCUGAGCCCACCGGAACCCCCCGGUACCACGCCGGGGUCGGGGCCGGGUGCCGUCCCCCUCACGCUGCAGCCCUGAGGGGCUCCUGGCCCGCCGGCGCUCGCCAGAGCGGAUCCCGGUUUCAAGCAGAGAAACCAGUACCAGGCCACGGCUGUUCCUGCCAAUCUUAUUGCCGAUAUUCACAGAAUCUCGGAAUAUSCCGGGCUGGAAGGGACYCACGUAGAUCACCAGUCCAGCCCCGKCYCUGCACAGACACCCCAACAAUCCCGCCAUGGGUAUCCCUGGAAGCGGAUCCCCAAAYGCUCCUGCAGCUCAGGCUGUUCAGAACGGAGGAAAAAUUAGGAAAUGGCAGAAGCAGUUUUUCACCCUCCAAGAAGGAAAAGAAGAGUUUUUGAGUCGUAUGAGGCUCCCUUUCCUGUGGAUGUAGGGGGGAAGGAUUUCAGAAUAUGCCAGGCUGAGAUCAUUAACAACAAUGUGAUUGUGAGGAAUCCRGAGGAUAUUGAACAGCUCUACAACAAGGGCUAUUUUGGAAAAGGGAUUCUUUCCAGGAGCCGUCCAGUGUUCAGCAUAUCAGAUCCUCUACUGAUGGCCAAGUGGAAAGGUGUUAACACAAGCAUGCCCAUAAUUACGUCUCAAAAGUACCAGCGGCGCGUUCAGUGGGCUAAAAGUGUCCUGCAGGAGCAGGGGCUCGAUGACUGCUCCGUUACCAAAAUCCUGGACAAUUACACCAARCCCCAGGGGCUGCCCUUCUCCAAAGGGAAUGGGGCUGAACAAACUGGAGACAGCUGCAGCAGAGUGGGCCCAAACACAGAAAAUACAGAACUUUGCCAGAAAUCCUCUGGCCAUGAGGAUCCUGAGGGUCAGAAYGGGGGCUCUGAGAAGGAAGGAGAUGCAGCCAUGGAUCCUGGGAGUGGCUCCAAGGACCAGGAACAAGGGGAUUCCAGAGAAAUGGCUGAAGGGUCSUGCCACAGGGACCCUGCUGUGCACUGUGGCUGUGAGGUGAAGCAGAGCCCUGAGCAGAGGGCUUGGGAGGGGAUGGACUCAAGGGAAUGUGCUCCAGAAUAUGUGCUGGUGCAAGAGGAGGAAGAAGGAAGCUCUUGUCCUGAAGAUGACUCCACUCAUGCACAAGGGAAUCCUGUCAAGAAGGAAGUAUUAGUAUGCAGAAAAAACCCAUUUCGGAUUUUUGAGUACUUACAACUCAGCCUGGAAGAGGCUUUUUUCUUGGUUUAUGCUCUGGGAUGUUUGAGCAUUUAUUAUGGUGAGGAGCCCCUGAGCAUUGUGAAGCUGUGGGAAGUGUUCAGUGAGGUGAAGCCAGAUUUCAAAACCACCUACAUGGCCUAUCACUACUUCCGAGGCAAGGGCUGGGUGCCCAAGGUGGGGCUGAAGUAUGGCACGGAUCUCUUGCUGUAUCGAAAAGGGCCCCCCUUCUACCAUGCCAGUUACUCUGUCAUUGCUGAGCUGGUGGAUGAUAAUUUYGAAGGUUCCCUUCGCAGACCACUGAGCUGGAUGUCCCUGUCUGGGCURAACAGAACAACUACAAAUGCUUCUAAGGAGCUCAUGCUGUGCUAUUUGAUCAGACCUUCUGACAUGACUGCAGAGGAGAUGUCAACCCCAGAGUGCAUGAAGAGAAUCAAGGUGCAGGAACUGAUCGUGACUCGUUGGGUUUCUUCCCGUGAGCGCAGUGAACAAGAUGAAUUUUAACUGACUGCACAAGAAAACCUCACUUUUAAAAAACCAUUUAAGUUUUUUACCUGAUCUCAUCAYGAACUGUUGCCUCAGAAUAGUUCCUACCAACACACUCACUUGGUGUGUAUAAAUGCUGUUUAAAAUGAGGUGUGCCAUGUUUACUGGAGAGAAUGUUGUACUGUAAAAUGUAACUGAACAGAUGAAAGGGAAAAAAUGAAAGCUGUGUCCCAAUUGAAAAUACAAAAUAAAAAUGUGACAUAAAAAGGUGURUGUUUGAGGGGUGGCUACACUGCAGUCUUUAGGAACAGUAUUUCUGGUAUUAUGGCAGAUGGAGGUGCYGAAUGGGCACUGCAGAAUCCUGAAUGUCUGCUAUAAAGCCUGAGCAAUGAGGGAUCAGUUUUCUGGGAAUACCUGUUCAGAGCUGGGAAUUGUAAGGCUAAGUUUGUUUUGUAGCUCAGCACCAGGUUCUGCAUUUUUGCAGACAGUCCUCAUUUAAUGGCUAAACCAAGCAGUAAU